UCAAAGGAAAGAGGCGGGCGUUGACAAAAUGGACAAAUGUGAAAUCAGAAGAAUUCCCCAUUUUUUGUUUUUGUUUUUGUUUUUUUUAUUUUAUUUUAUAAUUAUUUCUCAAGUUUGUCUUCCUUCCCAAUUUCCAGUGAGAUCAUGCAGCGGAGGCAGAAUUGGAGUUGGAGGAGAUGGGGAAAUAAUCGGUGUGGAAUCUGAGGCUUUGGUAUUGAAUUUGAACCGGCGGAAAACAGUAAUUAAAGGCGACGACACAACAAUCCGAACCCAAACCCAAACCCAAACCCAAGUUGGAUAACAACAACACCCCACCACCAACACCAACAUGUGGAAGCCACAGCCACGGCCACGGCCACAGCCACGGCCACGCCGUCAUUCAGUGUCAAACAAGCCUGAUGGAUGGGCAGCUUUCGACCUCAAGCACCGCCAGAAGCAAAAUCUUGUACCUCCCGAUGACAAUAGCUGCGACCCUUUCCCAGCUAUAGUAUCAUCUCAGGCUCAGUCUCACGCUCACGCUCACCCUCAUCAUCAAAGGCCUUUAUCUUCCCUGCUCCCUCAAACUCAAUCUCAAUCUCAAAAAUCUCAAACUCAAACUCAUUCUUCUUCUGUUACUGCUACUGGGUCUCUCUAUAAUCGCCCAAAACACCACCUUGAUCGCACCUUCACUCGGCACGUGGUCAUGGACAUGGACGCUGUCCAUGAUAUUCACCAUGCUGCUGAUUCUUCUCGUGUUUCCCAAGACACCAAAAUCAGCUCUCUACCCGUUGAACCCGAGUGGGACGGCGACCACCACGAAGACCUUUAUUUGACCCUUCGUCAAAAUGCUUUCACAACUUUCAUGUCAGCAUCACAACAUUCAAAGGCAGCCACUAAUGCUUUUAUUAGAGGCGAUCAUUUUGCUGCCAAGCAACACUCACUCAAGGCUCAACAACAAAGGCUGGCUGCUAAAAAGCUUAACACUGAGGCUGCUAAGGAAAUUCUAAGUAUUAGGAAUAGCAAAAAUGAUCUCUGGAAAUUAGAUUUACAUGGUCUUCAUGCUGCAGAAGCUAUUCAGGUUUUAAAAGAACAUCUGCAGCAAAUUGAAACCCAAGUCUACAAUUCUAAUCGUUCUUUAUCUCCAGCAAGUGUUGGAAUGGAAGGAAGGAUAGGACGCUCGUCCUCGCUUCAAUCUUAUACUUGUAUGGACGUGGGGAAGUUGGAUACACAACACGCAUCAUCAAGGCAGAGGCCAACAUCCUUAGAAGUAAUAACAGGUGUAGGUAAUCAUAGCCGAGGACAAGCUGCACUCCCAACAGCUGUAAGAGGCUUUCUUAGCGAGAACGGAUACCGUUUUGAAGAGCUCAGGCCAGGAGUGAUCACCGUCCGGCCCAAGUACCGUAUUACCAAUUGGUGACUUGAAUGCUAAAAUGUGCCCUUUGCAUCACAAAUUGUGUUUAGGACCAGGUUUCAGUGUUCAUUUGUGUCAUGUAGCAUAACAAUGUACAUUAUCAGCAGUGAAGAUUUUUUUUUUUGGAUACUCUGAUGGAGAUUUUCUUUUGUAUUAAAAAGGAUCACUUGUAAAGCAUCAUUUGACUUAAUUAAAAGCUUCCCAGAAUUGUUUUUUGGGUAGCUCGGAGCACGAGCAUUGGAUCAA